AUGGCAAACUUUUCAAAUCCUUGUACAGAUUCAGGUAACUUUACUGCUUAAAACUAUAUUUUGAAAAUAAUUAAUAUUCUUUUAGGUGUUGGAACGCGUAACAAAUGUAGAUAUUCAGAAAAUUUGGAGCCAAUUAAUGAUCAACCUCAUCCAUACACAUGUAACACUUACAUAAAGUGAGUUUUUCAAAAAUUUCACAAUCAGAAAAACAUAAAUUAUGUUUAGGUACGAUCCAUUCCAAUUUUAUGGGUUAUUUUCCGGGUUUAAUGGUGGAGAUGAAGUUGCCAAAUAUGUUAUGGAUCGAUUAGUUCAUGUGAUAUUUAAAGUUAAUCCAAUUACAGUUGCACAACAACCACAUGAUGUAUGUUCUCUGACUUAUCAAAACUUGACAGGAAUUAAUAUCAAAAUUUUAUAUCUUUGAAAAAAACCAAUAUUUUUUUAGGUUGUGAAAUCAUUGCAACAAAAAUACAAAAUGAUAGUCGAUGAAUAUUUCAAUAGUCAUCAUGAGAAGUUAACAAAUCGAUUAAUAGCGAAAAAUAAUGGGAAUCUAGCUUCGGUUCAGGAAAUCGAUGAAAAAGUGAGUUUUUUUGAAGUGUGCGCAAGUGUAAACGAAGUUUCAGAUUGGGAGAGGAACAACUAUCAUUGUGGCGUUGAUUAUUCGGAAUAACUUAUAUAUAAUCAGUUGCGGAAGAUCAAUGUGAGUUUUUUUUCAAUGAAAAAUGAAAAUAGGGAAGAAAUACACUUGAAAAAAAUCAAAACAAUUACUGUGGAAGUAAAGUAAAAAGUGUUCCUUAAAAUUAUGCAAAAACAGACUAUUUCUAUGAAUAACAAUUCACCCAAAAAAUAAUACAAGACAAUCCUAGUCUUGAAGUAAAAAAUCUAUGUUCAUAUCUCAUCCUGAACAAAAUUGUGCGGAAACUUUCAAUGAAUAAAUAAUCGAUGUUUUUCUCAGAGUCUGUCAAAAUCGUCUAGUCACAAAAAAUAUUAUUUUUCAAUAUUUCCUUCUUUACAAACAAUUUCAGGGCCAUCGUUGUUCAAGAAGUUGAAAAACAAGCCACUUCUCAUCUACUGAACCAAACGCUUCAUGAGAACACAAACGGAGAAGAAAUCGAUAGAUUAUUAGAACUACAGGUUGAUCCAAGUUUAGUUGAUAAUCCAACAAGAGCAAUUGGUGAUUUUCUUCGAAGUUAUUUAUACGAUGAAAUCGAGAUAUUCAAAGAUGCUAAAGAUGCUCCAAUUAUAUCCGAACCAGUUAUACAACACUUUCAAAUUAGCACACAUUGGAAAUAUCUCAUUUUGUUGUCAGAUGGAGUUGUGGAAAACUUGAAAAAUAUGAAUAUUGAAAACAUUCCAGAGUGAGUUCUUAAGAGACAAUAUUAUUUGUUUGUUUUCUGAUUCAAAUAAGUUUCAGAGUUGUGCUCAAAGAAUUAAAAGAAGAACCAACUCCAAGAAAGACUGCGCAAGCAUUAGUUGAUGCGAUUGCUCGAAAUUAUGCAGAUCAUGUUUCAACUGUAAGUUUUUUAAAUCAAUAGAUCCUUACUCUCAAAUCCAAUCCUGUCCUUUUCCAGAAAAAUGUUCAUGUUCCGUCAACAACUUUGGAAGAGAUGACGAUAUUAUUUCACAAAAUGACGACAUUUAAGUCAGAGAUUAAUUUUACUGUCGAUUCAACUACCGAUUCAGGAAUUGUAACCACACUUGUCGAAUUGAAACCAUACGUGGAUGCAAGUCACGAUAAAAAUUGUGAAAAUUUCAAACUAAUGGAAACAUAUUUGUUAAAAUAG